AUGGACGUUUCAAAGCCGGUCGAUGCCGCAUUCACCAAGGCGCUACCCAAGGUCGAGGUCCACGCUCAUCUGAGCGGCAGCAUCAGCCGCCAAUGUCUCCAUGAGAUCUGGCUAAAGAAGAAAGCCCAAAACCCCGGCUUCGACGUCGAAGACCCCCUGAUAGUCAUGCCACCAGGAAAAGUCGACUACUCUCUUCAGACCUUCUUCUCCGUCUUCUCCAAAUCCAUCUACCAACUCUGCAACGACCUCGACAGCCUCGCCUACGCCACCCACACCGUCCUGCAAGACUUCCUCGCCGACGGCGUCCGCUACCUCGAACUCCGCACCAUCCCCCGCGCCUCGCCCACCCUCGCCUUCACCCAAACAGAAUACCUCACCACAGUCCUCGCCACCAUCGAAGCCUUUUUGACCAUUCACUCCCCCCAAAUCUCAAUCUACCUCAUCCUCGCCAUCGACCGCGGCAACAGCACCGCCGCCGACGCCCUCGACAUCGUCGACCUGGCCAUCGCGCACCGCCCACGCGUCGUCGGCAUCGACAUCUGCGGCAACCCCACCAAAGGCGACGUCGCGCUGUACGCGGACGCCCUCGCCAAAGCCAAGGCGCACGGGCUAGGCAUCACACUGCACUUCGCCGAGACGGAGGUCUCCGGCUCGGAGAGGGAGCUAAGCACGCUGUUAUCGUUCCGGCCGGACCGCCUGGGCCACGUCAUCCAUGUGCCCGAGGACUUCAAGCGCGAGAUUGCGCGGCGGCGGCUGGGGCUGGAGCUGUGCAUGUCGUGUAAUGUGCAUGCGGAGAUGAUCGAUGGGGGGUUCCCCGCGCAUCAUUUCGGGUAUUGGAGGCAUGUGGAUUGUCCGGUUGUGCUGUGUACGGACGAUAUGGGCUUCUUCUGUAGUCCUGUCUCGAAUGAGUAUCUCCUGGCGGCGGAGCACUUUCAUCUCGGCAGGGCGGAGCUGCUUGCGUUGUGUCGGGAGUCGGUCGAUGUGAUUUUUGGGGGCCAGGAGGAGAAGGAGCGGAUGAGGGGGCUUUUGCUGGAUUUCGAGGAUACGUAUACGUCGUAG